CAACAACGUGGAUUCCGUGUGGUUCACCAGUGUGUAAUAUUAGUGUUAUGUGUGACCGGUGUCUUGUUCACUUUCUACAAUGCAGAUAUCUAGUGUGAAUGAUGUGAAGAUUUACAAUUUAAGCCAUGGAAAGUCUCUUCCAGAGUGGCUGUCAGAUCGGAAGAAAAGACAGCUUCAAAAGAAAGAUGCUGACAUCCAGCGUAGGAUUGAGCUCAUUCAGGACUUUGAGAUGCCCACAGUGUGCACCUCCAUCAAAGUGUCGAGAGAUGGGCAGUUCAUCCUGGCAGCAGGCACAUACAAGCCCAGGAUUCGCUGUUACGACACCUAUCAGCUGUCCCUGAAGUUUGAGCGCUGCCUGGAUUCAGAUGUUGUGGCCUUUGACAUCCUGUCUGAAGACUACUCUAAGUUGGUGUUUCUGCACUGUGACCGCUAUGUAGAGUUCCACUCUCAGCAUGGACACUACUACAAGACACGUAUUCCAAAGUUUGGACGAGACUUUUCUUACCACUACCCCUCCUGUGAUCUCUAUUUUGUGGGAACAAGUUCAGAGGUGUUCAGACUGAAUCUGGAACAAGGGCGCUUCCUCAGCUCACUCCAGACUGAUGCUGUGGAGAACAAUGUGUGUGACAUCAACCCCGUCCAUCAUUUGUUUGCCACAGGAACCUCUGAGGGGAGGGUGGAAUGCUGGGACCCUCGUGUCCGGAACAGAGUGGGCAUGCUGGACUGCGCCCUGAGCAGCCUCCCUGAAGGAACAGAAGUUCAAGGUUUGCCCUCAGUCAGUGCGCUGAAAUUUAAUGGCUCCCUCACCAUGGCAGUAGGCACCAGCACAGGACAGGUGCUGCUGUAUGACCUGCGCUCCAGCCAGCCACUCCUGGUUAAGGACCACUUCUACAACCUGCCAAUCAAGUCACUCAACUUCCACGAUCAGCUGGACCUGGUUGUGUCUGCUGACUCCAAGAUUAUAAAAAUCUGGAACAAAGACAGCGGCAAAGUGUUUUCCUCCAUACAGCCUCAGACCAACAUUAAUGAUGUGUGCAUCUACCCUCAUUCAGGUAUGCUCUUCACUGCCAAUGAAGAUCCCAAGAUGAACACAUUCUACAUACCGGCUCUGGGCCCUGCACCUCGUUGGUGCUCCUUCCUUGACAACCUGACAGAGGAGCUGGAGGAGAGCCCAGAGAGCACAGUGUACGAUGACUACAAGUUUGUCACCCGGAAGGACCUGGAAAACCUGGGUUUGUCUCACCUGGUGGGAUCAUCUCUGCUGAAAGCCUACAUGCACGGCUAUUUCAUGGACAUAAGGCUUUAUCACAAGGUCAAAAGCAUGGCUAAUCCCUUCGCAUACGAGGAAUACCGCAAAGAUAAGAUCCGCCAGAAGAUUGAGGAGUCCAGGACUCAGAGGGUGCAGGUUAAGAAGUUGCCCAAGGUGAACAAGGACCUGGCUCUCAAGCUGAUGGAGGAGGGUGAUGAUGAAGCAGAGCUGGCCUCGAGGAAAAAGAGGGGCAAGGCUCUCCCCACCAUCCUGGGCGACGACCGUUUCAAGAUGAUGUUCGAAAACCCCGACUACCAGGUAGACGAGCAGAGCGAGGAGUUCCGCCUGCUCAACCCCAUCGUCUCCAAGGUCGGACAGAAGAGGAAGAAGAAGCUGCGUCUACUGGCUCAGCAGGCUGCGGCUGCCCAGCAGGCGGCUGAGGACGAAGAGGAGCCCGAGGGGCGAGCCAGCUCUGAGGAGGAGAGCUCGGACGACGACAAGAGCUGGGUGGAGGAGGUGAGGGAGCAGCGGAGGUUGCUGCGGCAGGAGGACAGAGACCGCCGGCGGCAGAAGAGGAAGGACGCAGACCGCAACACUGUCCUGCUGGAGAAGGAGCGGAACGGAGGAGAGAAAACCUCAAACAUGGCUGAGAGCAAGAAGACAAGUCAGCCUCAUUUUUAUCAGAUCAAAGCCGGGGAGGAGUUCAGAAGUUUUAAUGACAUGGCCCGCAAGCAGAAACUACAGAAGGCUUCUCUGGAGGACCGUCUGAAGUUGGAGGAGCACUCUGGAACUAGCAACAUGGCCGACACUGCAGUGGGCAGCAAACAACUAACUUUCACUCUCAAAAAGUCGGAGCAGCAGAGGAAGCAGCAGCAGGCAGAGCGGGAGCACCACGAGGAGAGGAAGAAGCUGAGGCGCUCGGCCGGACACCUGAGUAGUGGCCGUGGAAGAGGCUGGGGCAGAGGAAGAGGAAGAGGAAGAAGCCUGCACUGAGGAGGGAAGCCCAGUCCGCUCUGGGGCCUCCGUCCUGGAUGGACAACAGAGGCAUUUCCUGGCAAACUCCUCAUCUAAAAGAAUCAAAGUUUAGUCGUUUCUUCCGUUAACUCAAGGCUGACAGAGUCUUCAAGUGCUGAAGACUGCUGCUUUUAAACUCUAGGGACAUUCUAGGGAGACACAAGGCAGAGACUGACACUGAUGAGCAGACGAGCCUGACCUGCUCCUGGGUGGUCUGAGCAAUGUGUUUAGCUGCUCUCAGCAAAUCAAAAAAGAUUACUUAUGUUGCUGCCUGCGUGCAUAUAAUGCUCAUGCCAUUAUCGAAAAGUACCUUGACUGUAUACUUGUGUUUGGAGGGGUGGCCCCAGAAGGAAUUAGAGAUAUGAAGAGCUGAAAGGACUUGACAUGACCUGCCUUGUCUCAGACGUCUAGUUUCUUAUUGUUGCUCCUCACUGGAGCCUAUUUCAUUUAAUGGAUUGCAGAAAAGAUGUGUGUAAAAUGAUCGUUUUCUUUUUAUUGUAUAUUGUUAAACCAAC